AUGGAGAAGCUGUGGAUUGUCGAGGAGCGCAAGGACAAGCGCAUGUACCGCCGCCGCUGCGGAGGGAGCGAUGUCCUCACUUUCUUCUUCGUCUCCACCUGCGCCCUGCUGUUCCUGCUCAUCUGCUCGAUAUUGUACGGCACACGCACCGAGUCGCCGAGUCUGCCGCCCCUCGUCAGGGAGGUCAUGCCCGCGGGCCGCUGUCUGUGCGAGUUCAGCACCAACUUCGCCUGCGAUACGUGUUUGGACUGCGCGGCGAACCAGGUCGUGCUGGGUCAGAAUGCGACCGAGGAGGCGGGCAAUUGGCUGUUCAAUUACAAGCGCGACAGGAACAACUAUGCGCUGGACGAAGCCCAGUGCGACAGUGCCUUUCCUGGCCAGUACGAGGACAUUGAGCGCGCGGUCAAGGUGCGGAAGCGCUGGGGCAAAGUCACAGAGGCGGAUUUGUCCAGCUUCGACCUGACAAAGGGAAUGGUGCGAGCCAUGAUCUAUGACCGCGAGCUCUACGUCAUCGAGACCUUCCUCGUCGACAACAUCAACUGCCAAAAAGCACUUGCCUCGCUCAGCGCCAUGUACCGCGCCAUCCUCGCCGCCCCACCCGACUCGGAUAUCCCCAACAUCGAAUUCAUUUUCUCCGUCGAGGAUCUGCCCGCCCAGCCCACAAAACCUAUGUGGUCGCUUGCCCGCCGCGCUCAGGAUCACAACCUCUGGCUGAUCCCUGACUUUGGCUUCUGGAGCUGGGACAUGCCGUCAAUAGGCACGCUAGACGAAGUCGCCAACGAGGCUGUUCAACGCGAGAGCAUUGAGCCAUGGGACCAGAAGACGGAGAAGCUGGUUUGGAGGGGCAAGAUCAAUUUUGCGCCAAAGCUGCGGCGAGCACUGCUCGAUGCUGCCAAAGGGAAGCCAUGGAGUGACGUUGGGCAGUUGAAGUGGACGGAUCCGAAUUUCAAAGAGCAGUUCCUUGGGCCAGUCGAUCAGUGCAACUACAUGUUCAUUGCACAUGCCGAGGGACGCAGCUACUCCGGCUCCCUCAAAUAUCGGCAACUCUGCCGCUCCGUAAUCGUCUCGCACAAACUGCAAUGGAUCCAGCACUACCACUACCUCUUCCGCAGCAACGGCUCAAAUCAGAACUUCGUCGAAGUCGAACGCGACUUCUCUGACCUCGCCUCCGCAAUGGAAGACCUGCUCGACCACCCCGAAAAAGCCAAACGCAUCGCCGACAACAACGUCCAAGUCUUCCGCGAACGCUACCUGACACAGGCCGCGGAGGCGUGCUACUGGCGCAAGCUGAUCCGGCGCUGGAAAGAUGUCAUGGCGUGGGAGCCCGUGUUGUACCAGGGGGUGGAGGUCGGGGAGCGCAUGCGGCGGACGCAGAAGAGGGGGGUGAGGUACGAGACGUUCAUGCUGUACGAGCAGCAUGUGCAGAUGGAGUGGCCCAAGAGCGGCAGGUGA